CUUUUUGUUUGGACAUCUGCCGAUCAUUUGGAGGAUGAUAAGGAAACAGGAGUUUGUGCACGACCUCUUCCUGCAGUGGGCAGAGAAAUAUGGACCUAUUGUACGGAUUAAUGGCUUUCACAGAGUCACUGUAAUGGUUCUGAGUCCUGAAGGAGUGAAGGAAUUCUUGAUGUCGCCACAGUACCCGAAGGAUCGGCUGGUGUACAGUCGGAUGUUCAGUUUAUUUGGCGAGAGGCUUCUGGGGAAUGGCUUGGUAACUGUUUCCAACCACGAGCACUGGCACAAGCAGCGGAGGAUAAUGGAUCCAGCUUUCAGCCGCACCUACCUGAUUGGUCUGAUGGAAACUUUUAAUGACAAAGCAGAGGAGCUGAUGGAGAAGCUGGAGGAAAAGGCAGAUGGAAAAAAAGAGUUUAGCAUGCUGGCCAUGAUGAACCGGGUGACUAUGGAUAUCAUUGCCAAGGUGGCCUUUGGCUUGGAAUUGAACGCGCUGAGCGACGACCAGACGCCUUUUCCACGCGCCGUGACGCUGAUUUUGGAGGGAAUGACCAAGAAUCGCAUCCCCUUCGUGCAGUACAUGCCAGGGAAACAGAAGCUGGUGAAGGAGGUCAGGGAGAGCGUGAGGCUGCUGCGGCGCGCGGGGAAGGAGUGCCUUGAGCAGAGGAGAGAGGCCAUCCGGAGCGGGAAGGAAGCCACGCUGGAUAUUCUCACGCAGAUACUGAAAGGAGAUGCUCUGGAGGAAACCAGAGAUGAUGAAAACAUUCUGGAUAACUUCAUCACUUUCUUUGUUGCGGGUCAUGAAACCACUGCCAAUCAGUUGUCAUUUACAGUAUUGGCGCUGGCUCAGCAUCCUGAAAUACUGGAAAGGCUUCAGGCUGAAGUGGAUGAAGUUCUGGGUGCCAGGAGAGACAUUCACUACGAGGAUCUUGGCAAGCUCACCUACCUAUCGCAGGUUCUGAAGGAGUCGCUGCGGCUGUACCCGCCUGCCCCAGGGACGGUGCGCCGCUUGGAGGAGGAGUACAUCAUCAACGGCAUCACCAUCCCUGCCAACACCAUGCUCGUUUUCAGCACUUACAUAAUGGGAAGGAUGGAGAGGUAUUUCCAGGAUCCACUCACUUUCAAUCCAGACCGAUUUAGCAAAGAUGCACCUAAGCCGUAUUACUGCUAUUUUCCAUUCUCUCUGGGACCCCGCUCCUGCAUUGGGCAGGCGUUUGCACAGAUGGAGGCGAAAGUGGUGAUGGCGAAACUGCUGCAGAGGUUUGAAUUCCAGCUGGUGCCAGGACAGAGUUUCAAAAUCCUGGACUCUGGAACCCUGAGGCCGUUCGAUGGGGUGAUGUGUAAAUUAAAGCCCAGGAGCACGGCAAGAGGCUGCCAGCCAUGA